AUGUCCAGUCUACAGCUAUCACCCACCCGAUCCAUACCUACCACUGCAACUGAAACUCCAAUUUCCUCUCGGAGCCCUGAUAAUAACCACGAUGAGAGGAGGGUCGCGGCGGCGGUUGAUAGUGUUGAUCAUGUUGAAGUAUCCGUUAUUGAUCUCAAGGGUAAAGGGGGGCUAGGGGAUAACAAUACGGAGGCUGGACCUGUUUCGUUUUUCGCGCUCUUUCGUUUUUCUACCAGAUGGGAAUUGUUCUUGGAUUUUAUCGGGAUCCUUUGUGCUCUUGCUGCGGGUGCUGCUCAGCCACUCAUGGCACUCCUCUUCGGGAACCUAACGAACAAUUUCGUCAAUUUCGGUAAAACAGUAGCUGCUCGUGCAAAUUCCCCAGACGAUCUUAGGAAAUUCCAACAAGCGAGGGAUAAUUUUAGACAUCGAGCUUCGAUGGACACCCUUUUUUUGGCGCUGAUUGGAGUUGGGAUACUCAUUUGUUCGUAUGUCUAUAUGAUUACUUGGGUCUACACGGGCGAAGUGAACUCGAGAAGAAUCAGAGAGAAAUACCUCCAAGCUAUCCUCCGUCAAGAUAUCGCGUAUUUCGAUAAUAUCGGUGCAGGAGAAGUGGCCACUCGUAUUCAAACUGAUACCCAUUUGAUACAGCAAGGGAUAUCGGAGAAGGUUGCCCUCGUUGCUGGUUUUAUAGGAGCUUUCUUCACUGGAAUCAUUCCGAUUUCAUCUAUUUUACCUUGUAUCGCAAUUACGGGCGCCUUGAUGCAGAACUUUGUCACAAAGUAUAUACACCAGAAACUAACGAUCCCCAAUCCCCCUACGCCCACCUUUGCGUAUGCGCCUACAGGAGGAUCCCUCGCAGAAGAAGUCAUCUCGACCGUUCGAACCGCGCAUUCCUUCUCGACUCAACUCAUCUUGGGUAAAAAAUAUGAUGUUCAUGUGGAUGAGGCGUUCAAGUAUAGUUUGAAAGCAGGGGUGGUGACGGGUCUUGGGUAUGGAGUGUUUUUCUUCCUGCUUUAUUCGUCGUAUGGGUUAGCGUUUUCAUUUGGGACGACGCUUGUUUUGAGGGGGGAGGCGGACGUUGGGAUCGUUGUGAAUGUACUCAUGGCUAUUAUGAUUGGGUCCUUUUCAUUGGCGUUGAUGGCGCCGGAGGUGCAGGCUAUUACCCACGCCAGAGGGGCAGCAGCCAAGAUCUUCGCCACCAUCGACAGAGUUCCCCCAAUAGACUCUGCUUCUCCAGCGGGUCUCAAAUCUUCGUUCGUCCGAGGUCGAAUCACCUUCGAGAAUGUCUCUUUCCACUACCCUUCUCGCCCCGAUGUUCCCGUUCUCAAGAACCUCUCCGUGGUGUUCGAGCCUAAUACGACGACUGCACUCGUUGGUGCGUCUGGAUCGGGUAAAUCUACGAUCAUUUCGCUUGUGGAGAGGUUUUAUGAUCCUGAUCCUGAGGAUUGGAAGGUGGGGAGCAGGAAGAGGACCGAGCAGCAGGUACAGGAAAAGGAAGAGGAUGAGAAUAACAGUGUUACUGGUGGCGGUUCCAGCAGUACUGUCAACGAAAAGAAGGGACUUGGGGAUGGAGGCGUUGUGAGGUUGGAUGGAAUCGGUUUGAGGGAGUUGAAUGUCAAGUGGUUAAGGAGCCAGAUGGGGCUUGUCAGUCAGGAGCCCGUUUUGUUCGCGACUACCAUUAAGGAAAAUGUUAAAUAUGGACUGGUUGGGAUGAGAAACAGGGAAGGUGGAGAGUUGAGUGAAGAGGCGGUGGAUAAGAUGGUUAGGGAGGCUUGUGUUGUAGCCAAUGCGGAUGAGUUCGUUUCGGAGUUGCCGAAUGGCUAUGAUACCAUGGUUGGAGAGCGUGGAUUUUUGCUUUCUGGUGGUCAGAAACAACGUAUCGCAAUUGCUCGGGCCAUCGUCAGCGACCCUCCCAUUCUUCUUCUAGACGAAGCUACUAGUGCUCUUGAUACCCAAUCCGAGGGAAUUGUCCAGGACGCACUCAACAAAGCAUCCAAAGGUCGAACGACCAUAACGAUCGCGCACCGUCUAUCCACCAUCAAAGAUGCUCAUCGCAUCUACGUUAUGGGAGAAGGAAGAAUUCUCGAAUAUGGAACGCAUGAUGAGUUACUUCAGAGGGAGGAUGGAACGUAUGCUCGUCUUGUGAACGCCCAAGGGUUGAGGGAAGAAAAGCGAGAUGAGUCGGAGGCGUUGGAGACUGGGGAUGUCAUUGGUGGUGGCGCUGCCCAUGGAGUGGAACCUACGCAGGAAGAAGUGAAGGAACUACAGGAGAAGGAGGUUCCCUUGAGUCGCGUCAGCACUACUCAUUCUAUCUCGAGUGGGACACUCAAGUCUAGGCACGAGAGGAAGAAUUCUUCGGAGAAAGAGUACUCUUUUUGGUUUCUUUUCAAAAGGAUGGGUCGUAUCAAUAAGGACAAUUAUGGGGUUUACAUUGUUGGAACCGUUGUCGCCAUUCUUACUGGACUCAUCUAUCCUGCCUUUGGAAUCAUUUUUGGUUAUGCGAUCCAAGGAUUCCAGAACACAGACCGUGCAGCUUUCCGGCAUGCGGGCGAUAGAAAUUCCCUCUGGUUCUUCCUUAUUGCUCUUUUCUCAGCUUUUACAUUUGGAGCGCAGAAUUACUGCUUCUCCAAGGGGGCGUUGGGAUUGACUAGGAAGUUGCGAACGUUGUCAUUUAGAGCCAUCUUGCGACAUGACAUCGCUUGGUUCGAUGAGGACCGCCAUUCGACGGGCGGACUUGUCGCUGGUUUGUCGGAUGCGCCUCAAAAGGUGUAUGGGCUUGCGGGUGUGACUCUUGGUGCGAUCAUUCAAAGUUGCGCCACCCUUGUGUCGGGUGUCACUGUUGGCCUUAUCUAUGGAUGGAAGCUUGCCCUCUUAGGGGUAGUGAUGAUUCCGUUCGUCAUUAGUGCUGGCUACGUUCGGCUGCGCGUUGUGGUUCUAAAGGACCAAGCAAACGUGGAAGCGCAUAGCGAUUCGGCGCGGGUUGCUUGCGAAGCAGCCGGGGCUAUUAGAACUGUGGCCUCGUUGACUCGUGAAGAGGAUUGCUGUGAGGAAUAUCACAAGAGUCUCGAGAUACCUUUGCAGAAUUCGAAUCGAUCUUCUAUUUCGGCUACUGGUUUGUAUUCCAUCACUCAAGCCAUGUCGUUCUUUGCUAUUGCUCUGGUAUUUUGGUAUGGUUCGUGGCUAGUAUUAGACCUCGAAUACUCGACCAAGUCGUUCUUCAUUUGUUUGAUGUCUGUCACUUUCGGAUCAAUUCAGGCAGGGAAUAUGUUCAGCUAUGUUCCAGAUGUGUCCUCGGCCAAACAGGCUGCAACUGAAAUGACGGAGCUCAUCGACGCUGUUCCAGCUAUUGAUGCUGACUCACCGGAUGGGAAGAAGUUGGACUCCGUGGUUGGACACAUUGAGCUGAAGGAUGUGCAUUUUAGAUAUCCUACUCGACCUGGUGUUCGCGUUCUCCUGUCCCUGAAUUUGACCAUUAAGCCGGGUUCGUAUGUUGCCAUUGUUGGCGCUAGUGGCUCCGGGAAGAGUACGGUUAUCCAGCUCAUCGAGCGGUUCUAUGAUCCUCUCAGUGGAAAGAUUCUCUUGGACGGUAACGACAUAUCCGAGCUUAAUGUGCAGGAUUAUCGGAAGCAUCUGGCUUUGGUAUCCCAAGAGCCUACCUUAUAUGCUGGCACGAUCAAAUCCAACAUUCUUCUUGGAGCUACUAAGCCUGUAGAGGAGGUGACGCAGGAAGAAAUAGAGCGUGUUUGCCGAGAUGCGAACAUCUUCAACUUCAUUAAUGGCCUUCCAAAUGGAUUCGAAACUAACGUCGGUGGAAAAGGUUCCCAACUCUCAGGUGGCCAGAAACAACGUAUCGCGAUUGCGCGUGCUCUUCUGAGAAACCCGAAGGUGCUACUGCUGGACGAGGCUACGUCAGCUUUGGAUUCCAACUCGGAGAAAGUUGUACAACAAGCGUUGGAUAACGCAAGAAAGGGGCGAACAACGAUUGCCAUCGCGCAUCGCCUGUCCACUAUCCAAGAUGCAGAUAAGAUCUUCUACAUCAAGGGUGGACGGGUUGCGGAAGUCGGAACUCACGACCAACUAUCCGAUCGCGUUCAGAUUACGUCUGAAGGGUGGAUACGCCGAGCUAGUUCAGCUUCAGGCAUUGAGCAAGCAUGA